AUGGCGUCUGACGGCCUCUUCGAUACGUCGAUGGCGGACGCUGAGCUUGCCAAAACCAAGCCAUCCUACUUCUUCCCCUGGGCCACUUCCCCAGAUAUCAUCCGCGCCCAUGAGAAGGACAGCUACAUCACCAGCACGCUCUCAGCACAGGCUCAAUCGAUCAUCCGCACCCUCCGCGGUGCUCGAUAUGCGCAUACUCACAGCGACGCAAUCAAACAAGCCACAGAGGUGCUAUAUCUAUCUCUCACCACGCUCAUCGGCAACCGGACUCUCGGCGAGGAGUACUGCGAUGUCGUGCAGCUAGAGGAUGACACGCUACAGCUUCCGGCCAUCGGUCGACGAGCAGGAUACAUUGUUAGCUCGAUACUGGUUCCGUCGAUAUUACAAAGGCUACUUCCGGCUCUACGGCGGAAGCUUCGGGCGAAGUUGGAGCGAAGCAUUGCUAGGAAACAAGCACAGCAAGCACGGCUUAACGCAGGCUCGAAAAACGGACAUAUGCAAGAGGGAGGUUUCUCGUUGCGGUUUCAAAGCUAUAUACUCGAACAUCUUAAUUCGCUUACUUCGCUUUCUCCCAUAUUUGCAGUCAACCUUGCGGCGUUUUACUUUUCGGGGGCAUAUUAUCAUAUUUCGAAACGGUUGUGGGGACUACGAUAUGUCUUUACGAAGCGGAUUGGUGAUAGCGAGGAGAGGAUAGGGUAUGAAGUGCUUGGAGUGCUGCUUGUUCUGCAGAUAGUUGUGCAGGCUGUCGUGCAUGCAAAGGAGCUGAUCGAGUCGACGCAAGAGGAGGUCGGGAGGGGCUCAACGCAACCGUCCAACGAGGCAGCGAAGGGGGCAUUUAAAAGUAUCAGUAUGCCAGAUACUAUGCCGCUGCUAGGACCGGAGGAAGCACGAUACGAUAUGUCCACUGAAAAGGACGCGCUGGCUCUGUCGUGGAUACCUGCUGGUCCACAGCGCAAGUGCACCCUGUGUCUUGAACCUUUUAAAGACCCCAGCGUCUCGACGUGUGGCCAUGUUUUCUGCUGGACGUGCAUACGGGACUGGGUGCAGGAGAAACCGGAAUGCCCUCUGUGCAGACAGGAGGCUCUUGCGUCGAAGAUACUGCCGCUCAGGGGGUGA